GGAUCAUUAUCAUUUACUUCGACAGACCGUUGGUGUCACAUUCAGUUCGGUUUGAGGAUGUUUAGACAAAACGUCUUAUUUUUCAAUCGAUCUUGGAUUCAUUUGUUCAGUAAUAUUUAGGUAGAAUGUGAAACUUGAGACUGUAUUGGUUUCUAUACAACAACAUGAAGCCUGGUGUCUCCGGGGCUGAUAGGAGAAGAAUCGGUAUACCUUGUUUAGAUUGUUGCACGGAGAGAAAGGGAAAAUAUGACAAAAGAAAAGAAAUUGACGGGAGCGCAAUGGCGUUUAGUUUAUGGAGUGCUGUAAAACUUGGCGGUGCUGUGCUGGGUGGCAAGGACUUUUUACGAGAUCAGGAGUUUUUGAGAGAAUUGGAAAAUGACAACAUCGAUGUCGAAGUCCUCAAAGACGAGAUUGGCUCCCUUGCAGAGGAAGAAGGACCGAAGACGUGCCGGCAACGUCUCGUCAGUGUGAUGGAAAGUAAUCCCAUUCAGAUAGUCCUUUGUGUCUUAGUUCUGCUAGACGCUGGUAUCGUUCUAGGGGAGAUACUAUUGGAUUUACAUAUAGCAAGAGAGAAGGCGACAUUGGCUGAACUUAAUCUCCACAAGAUGAUAGACUAUAUCCAUGUCGAGCACAGUGGUCAACUUUAUGGAUACAGAGGAUAUAAUGUAUCUCGGAUAUUACAAUUUCUCCAAUCAUACAACUCAAGUGGAUAUAAUUCAACUCUCAUAAAAGGAUAUCAUUACCAGGCUGCCCCAAAUGCUCAGUUUAAUUUAAAUAAACUAUGUAAAUUAUGCACACCAGACUCGGG